UUAAAAUACCAUGGUGGCAAACUAGCUAGCAUCGAAAGAAUACUGUCUACAAUCAAUGUUAUUUCUGUGCAGCUGUACCACGUGCAUACAUGUGAGAAUAGCUGGAUGGAUAAUUUACUUGAGUAAAAUGCUAAUUUAGCUAAUGUCGAUGCGGGACUUUGAAUCCUUGUAAUUUGUAGAGGUUAGCAAGAGUUUGUUAGCUUGUUGGCUACCAGGCUACCAGGCUACCACUCCUUGUGUUUGUAAUUAACUAUUUAUUAGAAAGCUAGCUAGAGAUAGUGAUAUUUAAAUGUCUAAAGUUGCUGUUAAUUGAAGGAUAAACAGAUAGCCGCUUACACCUUGUUUCUGGGCUAAUGUUAAAAUUGAGUCUUUACAGCAUAGCACGUAGAGCUUUCUGCAUUGGUACCGGAGAGAUGGCCAAAGGGAAGUUCUUCUACGCCGUGAGGAAAGGUCUCACGCCCGGUGUUUACAAUACCUGGGAUGAAUGCAAAAGCCAAGUUGAAAAGUUCCCUUGCGCAAGUUUCAAGAAAUUUGCCUCAGAGGAAGAUGCCUGGGCUUUCGUAAAGAGCCAACCAGCAGCAAUACCAUUGGCUUCGUCUGCAGAAGGUGGCAGCUGUGUGCCAGAGGCCCUUAAAAUUGCACCUGAAGCCAUUUCCGCAUUUCCGAUUGGAGGUAAGCGGCCCCAUGUGGAUCCAGAUGAAGUGGACCAUGGAAAGCGAUUGAAAUGCGCAGUGGGAGCGCUGUCGAAAGCCUGCUCAACACCACCCAGCAGUGAUGGGUUCACCUACAUGGGUGAUGCAGUGGUGGUCUACACUGACGGUUGCUGUUCAAAUAACGGGAAUCAUGGAGCACGCGCUGGAAUUGGAGUCUACUGGGGACCAGACCACCCUAUGAACGUUUGUGACCGGCUACAUGGAAGACAAAGCAACCAGAGGGCAGAAUUGAUGGCUGCCUGUAAAGCUCUGGAACAAGCGAGAGAUGAAAACAUUAAGAAGCUUGUACUCUAUACAGAUAGCAAGUUUACCAUCAAUGGCAUCACAAGUUGGGUGAAGAGCUGGAAAGCUAACGGCUGGAAGCGGGCUUCCGGUGGGGAGAUCAUCAACAAAGAUGAUUUUGAAAAACUUGAUAAAUUAAAUCAAGAGUUGAAUGUUGUAUGGCUUCACAUUCCUGGCCACGCCGGCUAUAAAGGGAAUGAAGAGGCGGACCGGUUGUCGCGAGAGGGAGCGUCAAAGCCAUUACAGUAGUCCAGAGGAAAUGGAUGUGCUUCCAUUCCCACACUGACGCGAUGCCCUGCAAUGAAGCCGUUAUCUGUCAGUCAUUAAAAUGAAAGGCAUGGCGGCAUCUAACACUCAUGCUCUUGACUGUACUUCUGAUUAUUGUACCUAUAAACUAUAAACAAGUGGGGCUUCAAGGUUUCUGCGUUUGCCAUUGCUGGCUUGUAACUGAGGGAUGCUAGGGUUAGACUUGCACUGCAGGCCUUUUCCCAUCCGAUGUUUAGUUAUUUAAUUUUUCGUAGAAUAAUUUGACUGGCCGUCAGCUCCAUUCAGUGAGUGGAUUGAAAUGCUGAUUUUGCGGUUUGGGCUGGUUUUGCUCGUCACCUGUCAUUUUCAGGAUUUAACCUUGGCCUCAUACGAAAAACAUGGUCUUUAUGCGUCCAUGGUGGGAGAAUGGAUCUGAACUGUGUCCAAGAGAGUCUGUAUUUUUAAUUAAAAUGUAUUUUUGAGAUUUAUGAAUGUUAAUCGUGGUUAAAAAGUUAAAACUUUAAAAGUGAAGCAUUUAAGAGCCCUUUUUUUGCUGUAUAGCCUUGUUUAUCUGUAAAUAAAAUUGAAUAUUCAUUAAAGGUCCAGGAAAAUGAAA